CUUGGCAUGUCAGCCAGUUGCAUUAGCGCGAGGUGGGCCGCCCUGCUGAGCCUCAGAGUGUCAGCUAUAUGCAUAUAUAUACCUAGGUAAAUAACAAAUAAGGCGGGGAGAGCAAAUUGGGAGCCCUGGGUGGAUGGUGUCCGAAACUGCCCAUCAUGAGCUCACGCAAUAGCACUGACGCCGAUUGUACCUCACUGAUUGAGACAUGCCCUUGGAGUCAUGAAGCAUACAUGUGCCGCUAUGAGGAGAAUUGGGCCGGUGUCACUAACCCGAAGGAGCGGAAGAAACUCCAGAAUAGGCUGAAUCAGAGAGCUCGCCGCCGGAGAAAAAUCCAAAGUAAUCAUCGUCAUCAUCAACGCAUGACUGACUGCACCCCCCACCUUACCACCGUCGUCCAUUCAAGAAGCGACCAAGUGAUAACAUUCCAAGACGCAACCGCCUCAAACAUCUCCCAAAAGUGCGCCAUCCUGCGGCGCUUCGCAGCACAAGCCCUCGCAAGCUACGCCACGGGCCAGCCGAGCGCCGAUCACCUGCUGCAGCUCAUCCAGCUGAACCUCAUCAACAGCCUGACGCGGAACGCGCUCCUCCUUGGCCUGACGUCCGAUUGGCUCGUCUGCAGUGCCGUUUCUCCUUUUGGGCUUGGGUGUUCCUGGCUAGUAGGAGGAGCCAGCGAGACCCAGACACAGGCCUUUCCGGACAACUUGGCCCCCACAGCGCUCCAGCUGCAGAUUCCUCACCACCCGUGGGUGGAUCUGUUCCCGCUGCCCAGGAUGCGGGAUAAUUUCCUCGCCGCGGUGUCCGCGAAGCUGUCGGUUGCCGAGGAGGAGGAGCUGUGGAAUGAUAUAGUGGAGUCGGAGGGAGAGGGGGGAACGGAUUGGUGUGGGUUGAUUGUCUGGGGCGAGUCGUGGGAUCCGAGGAACUGGGAGGUGACUGUGCCUUUUCUGCAGAAAUGGGGUUGGCUGCUGGAGGGCUGUCGUGAGAUGCUGGAGGCGACGGAUUAUUGGCGACGGCGGAGGGGGGAAGGACCGCUUAGCUUGGGGGGGUCGUGGGUUGGGUUUGGGGAUUGA